AUGAGAGUUGACGUUUGUUUGGUGUCAUUAUUUCUUGCUGUAGUGAAUGCUAGAAUUGAUUGUGGAAGCCGUGUGAAACUUGAAGUUGACUUUGAGAACAUCCAGUCGCAUGGAAUAUCUUAUAAGAAAGCAACCGUCAGGAAAACCACCCCAGUAAAUUUAGUUUUUAAUGUGAUUGCUGAGCGAAAGCCGAUAGAAAUCGAAUCAAUUGAUUGGACGUACAAUAAUGUAUCGAUCAAUAUUGGUGACAAUGAUAAUCAAGAUAUAUAUUAUUCAACUGAGAAAGUUAGCUCAGGUUUUACUAUUACAUUACAUAUGAAAGCGCCAACCUCCCGUGUUGCUGGGACCUGGAUUCUUACAGUAAAUGCAAAGGAUAAUUCUAAACAUGUUGGAUUUUGUUAUAUUUCGUCUCAACCUGUAAUUCGCUCGAGAUUUGGGGCUGUUCGUGGUCACGAAGGCAAUCCAUUAUCUGUUCUCUGUGAAGUUGAUGGCUUCCCAGAACCAAAUCAAGUUGUUUGGAGACGUGUAAUUGAAAAUGAAGAUGAUUCGACUAAGAAUAGGCUAGUUUCUGUUAGCAAUGCUAUGUUCAAACCACAUGAGAGCACUAAAGAUGCUAUUAUGGAAUGGACUGAUGCUUCAGAUGCUACUGGAUUUUAUAUGUGCACAGCAACAUCAACAUUAGGAUCAGACAGUUUAUUGUUGGAAGUUCGUAUCAAAAGUAAAUUGGCUCCUUUAUGGCCUUUUAUUGGAAUUAUAGCUGAAUUGGUGGUACUUGGUAUUAUAAUAUUGAUUUAUGAACGUACUCAAGCUAAACGUCUGAUCGAUGUUAAACAAAUCUGCUAA